AUGAAGCACUCCGUGGCUUUGCUCUUGCUCUUAGGAGCCGUGGUGGACGUCCAACCGGUGGAGGAGAAAGCGUCCCUGCUCUACCCCUACGGUCUGGACCAGCGUGACCACAAGAACCCCAAACUUGAUGAUGGGACGUCGAAGAAGCUCUCCCUCGCUGUGCCCUUCACCUUCUACGGCAAAAAGCACCAAAAUCUUUACGUGAACAACAACGGGGUGAUUUCCUUCGGCACCCGCGUCAACCAAUACACCCCCGACCCCUUGCCCCUGGCCGACGGACGCUCCUUCGUGGCCCCGUACUGGGCCGACGUGGACAAUGUGCGGGGAGGAGAUAUCUUCUACCGAGAGACCACCGACCCGGCGCUGCUGGCACGCAUCACCACCGACAUCAACCGGUAUUUCCCCGCCAUAUCCUUCACCGCCACGUGGGCUUUCGUGGCCACCUGGGACCGUGUGGCCUACUACGGCUCCACCACCAACAAGGCCAACACCUUCCAAGCCACCCUGACCACCGACACCAAGACGUCCUUCAUCAUCCUCAACUAUUGGGAUAUCCAGUGGACUACGGGGGCGGCGAGCGACGGUGACGCCGAAACAGGUCUUGGAGGCACCCCGGCCCAUGCCGGCUUCAACAGUGGAGAUGAAACCAACUUCUACAACAUCCCCAGCUCCCAGACCGACGCCAUCAUCAACCUCACCCGGACCUCCAACGUCAACGUCCCGGGGCGUUGGGUCUUCCAAGCGGAUCACUUCCAGGUGACGGGGGUCCCCACUGAGGUGUCCAAGGUCGCUGACAGCAACAACUGCUGGUU